UAACAAUUCAUGGCACAUUAUGCCUUGCUUCAUGAUCAAGCAAUACCUUCACAAGAUGUUACAAUGGAAAUGAAUGGAAUGAUGAUGAAGGCCUCAUUGGUCUCUCACAUUUUAUUCUUGUCCAUUUUUACCUUCACAAGUUUGCUACUACUACCACAGAUUCAAUGUGCAGAUAAAGAUAAACCUUUAGCACCUUCGCUUUACACAGAAGAAAUCUACAAAGAGCUUGAAGGUCUUACUAUCACUUUAACAAGAAACAUCAAGGAAGAUUUAGGUUUCUGCAUAAAGGAUGUGAAUAAAGAUUGGGAGGAAGCCUUUGAUUUUAAAGGAAAGUUGGACUUUGUAGAUGCUUGUGUUAAGCAAAAAGGUGAUUUUAGAGACAGAAUGUGUACCACUGCUGAAAUAAGGUACUACUUUCAGAGUUUUUUCCUACAACAAGGCACAUCUGCAAGUUAUGUAAAACCUAACAUAAAUUGCAACUUGACUUCAUGGGGUUCUGGUUGUGAACCUGGUUGGAGUUGUAGUGCUGCUGAGAGAAUUGAUCUCAAAAAUGAUAUAAAAGAUAUUCCUUCAAGAAUUGAUGAUUGUCAACCUUGUUGUGAAGGGUUUUUCUGUCCUCAAGGAUUAACUUGCAUGAUAACAUGUCCACUUGGUUCUUAUUGUCCACUUGCAAAAUUGAAUCCAAUAACUGGAGUAUGCGAUCCUUAUAGUUACCAAAUUCCUGCAGGAGAAACAAAUCAUACUUGUGGUAGUGCUGAUAUUUGGUCUGGUGUUGUCAACAAUAGUAAUAUCUUCUGUUCUCCAGGAUCAUAUUGUCCUUCUCCAACGAGCAAAGUUUCUUGCGAUAAAGGAUAUUACUGCAGGAUGGGUUCAACUCAUCAAAAUCCAUGCUUCAGUUUGAGUAGCUGUAAUCCAAACACAGCAACCCAAAACAUGCAUGCUUACGGCGCAUUGAUUAUUGUUGCUAUGAGUACUCUUCUGAUCUUCAUUUAUAACUGUUCUGAUCAAGUGCUAGCUACUAGAGAAAGAAGAAAGGCAAAAUCAAGAGAAGCUGCAGCAAAACACGUAAGAGAAACGGUACAGGCUCGCGAAAAAUGGAAACAAGCAAGAGAUUUGGCUAAAAAAGGUUCAGAGGGACUGCAAAAGCAGCUGUCUCGAACCUUUUCGCGCAAGAAAUCUGUGAAACAAGGACCCCUAUUUCCAUCAACGCCUCCAGAUCCACCAAGCAAAUAUAAGGAGCCUAGCAAUCUUACUAAAAUUAUGAAUUCCAUUGAGGAUGAUGAACAUGAAGGAUUUGAUUUUCAGAUUGGUGACAAGAACAUUAAAAAGCAAAUGCCAAAGGGAAAAAAAUUAAACACUCAUAGCCAAAUUUUAAGGUAUGCUUAUGGUCAAAUUGAGAAGGAGAAAGCUCAGCAAGAACAAAACAAGAACUUGACAUUCUCAGGAUUAAUUUCGAUGGCUGGUGAAGGUGAGGAAGUAAACACAAGACCUCCUAUUGAGGUAGCUUUCAAUAAUCUAACCCUGACAUUGAAGGGUAAAAACAAACAUAUACUGAGGUGUGUGAGUGGUAAAAUCAUGCCUGGUCGAGUUUCUGCUGUUAUGGGACCCUCAGGAGCUGGAAAAACCACAUUUCUUUCAGCUUUGGCUGGAAAAGCAAGAGGAUGCACUAUGUCAGGCUCAAUUCUAGUUAAUGGAAAAAAUGAAUCCAUUCACUCUUAUAAGAAAAUUACUGGUUUUGUGCCACAGGAUGAUAUUGUACAUGGAAACUUGACAGUAGAGGAAAAUCUCCGUUUUAGCGCAAGAUGCAGGCUCCCUGCAGACAUGUCGAAACCAGAUAAGGUUCUGAUUGUUGAAAGGGUGAUUGAGUCCUUAGGACUACAGCCAGUAAGGGAUUCUCUAGUUGGGACAAUAGAGAAGAGAGGCAUAUCCGGAGGGCAAAGAAAACGUGUAAAUGUAGGACUAGAGAUGGUGAUGGAACCUUCAUUAUUAAUCUUAGAUGAGCCUACAACUGGUUUGGACAGCGCAUCUUCUAGUUUACUUCUUAAAGCGCUUCGUCGUGAAGCUCUUGAAGGUGUAAACAUAUGCAUGGUACUUCACCAACCAAGUUAUACCUUGUUUAGAAUGUUUGAUGAUAUAGUAUUUCUAGCAAAAGGUGGUCUUACAGCAUAUCAUGGUCCAGUGAAAAAAGUAGAAGAAUACUUUUCUGGCAUUGGAAUCCCUGUACCGGAUCGCGUUAAUCCUCCGGACCAUUUUAUUGAUAUUCUGGAAGGUUUAGAGAAACCAACUUCAGGUCUAACUAUUGAAACACUUCCUGUUAGAUGGAUGCUUCAUAAUGGAUACCCAGUACCACCAGAUAUGCUUCAUUUGGCUGAUAAAAUCGCCACUCCUUCACCCUCAACCACAAAUGCAACUCUUACGUCAAAGGGUACUGAGGAAACUUCUGAUCAAUCCUUUUUUAUAGAGUUUUGGGAGGAUUUGAAGAAUAAUAUUAGGAUCCAAGGAGAUCAUGUAGAAGCAAUAUUCUCAAGAACAAAGGACUUAUCUAACCGAAAGACUCCUAAUGUAGCCCAACAAUACAGAUACUUCGUUGGCCGGGUUAGUAAGCAGCUGCUUCGAGAAGCACAAUUACAAGCAAUCGACUAUCUCCUUUUAUUGGUGGCCGGUGCUAUCUUAGGAACUCUUACCAAAGUAAAUGAUGAAACAUUUGGGUCCCUUGGCUAUACAUACACAGUUAUUUCUGUUUCUCUACUUUGCAAGAUUGCAGCACUUAGAUCGUUUACUACGGAUAAGUUACAAUACUGGAGGGAAAGUGCAGCUGGGAUAAGCAGUCUAGCCCAUUUUCUAGCGAAAGAUACAAUCGAUCUUUUCAGUACAAUCAUCAAACCUGUAGUUUAUCUCUCCAUGUUCUAUUUUUUAAGUAAUCCAAGGUCAACCUUUGGAAGCAAUUAUAUAGUUUUGGUUUGUUUGGUGUACUGUGUCACUGGUAUGGCUUAUGCAUUAGCCAUCUUCUUUCAGCCUAGUCCUGCUCAGCUGUGGUCAGUGCUUCUUCCUGUUGUUAUGACUCUCAUUGCUAAACAGAAUAGAGAUACUAUAUUUAUGAAGAUCUUAGUACAAUUGUGCUAUCCUAAAUGGGCUUUGGAGGCCUUUAUCAUUGCAAAUGCUGAAAGGUACACUGGAGUAUGGUUGAUAACUCGUUGUAGUUCACUGAUGAACAGUGGUUAUGAUCUCAAUGAAUGGCUCAUUUGUCUACUUGUACUCAUUUUGAAUGGAAUAAUUGCCCGAAUUGUAGCCUUCAUUUGUUUGGUAUUGUCACAAAAGAGGUGAUUUGGGAUGUAUGAUAUCUCACAGUUCAGAUCCUCUAAUUGUUUCUAGCCUCUAAAGCCAAAGAUCGGUUGAUCUUUGGCAGUAGAAGACGGAGACAUCUGAGACGAUAUAGGUUCGAUAGUGUAUAAACCAUUGUUUAUAAAAUGUGAAUGUGAUGCUAGAUUCAGUCAACUAAGUAGGAUU